AAGCUGGAUUGGUUGUGUUCCGGUUUGCGGUUACUAGGGAACCAGAAAUCGGCUUCUACUUUAAACAGAUUCGUGUCAGAUUUGCAAUAUUAUGCGUUAAUAUUAAUAUCGACAAUUGAAACAACAUUUUUAUAAUGCGAAUUAUUUAUCAGUACAACGGCUUAUAAUUUCACAUGACCAAAACAACACAACUUCCUACCCUCCGCAUCCACGAUGUUUAUUUAUCUAAGUAAAAAGAUUGCCAUACCCAAUAACAUACGUCUGAAAUGUGUUUCAUGGAACAAAGACCAAGGUUUUAUAGCCUGUGGAGGAGAUGAAGGGCUUCUUAAAGUACUAAAAUUGGAAACACAGACAGAUGAUGCCAAACUCAAAGGACUGGCAGCUCCCAGCAAUCUUUCGAUGAACCAGACACUUGAGGGUCACAGUGGUGCUGUGCAGGUAGUGACUUGGAAUGAACAGUACCAGAAACUAACAACCAGUGACCAAAAUGGUCUCAUCAUAGUGUGGAUGCUCUAUAAAGGUUCCUGGUACGAGGAAAUGAUAAACAACAGGAAUAAGUCAGUUGUCCGGAGCAUGAGCUGGAAUGCUGAUGGGCAGAAGAUCUGUAUCGUGUAUGAAGAUGGGGCUGUCAUUGUGGGUUCAGUUGAUGGUAACCGAAUUUGGGGGAAAGACCUGAAGGGAAUUCAGUUGGCACAUGUUGCUUGGUCACCUGAUAGCAAGAUUCUCCUCUUUGGAAUGGCCAACGGAGAAAUUCAUAUAUAUGACAAUCAAGGCAAUUUUAUUGUCAAAAUGACAUUGAAUUGCCUGGUCAAUGUGACAGGAGCCAUCAGCAUUGCUGGAAUACAUUGGUAUCAUGGGACAGAAGGUUUUAUUGAGCCAGACUGUCCGUGCUUGGCUAUCUGCUUUGAUAAUGGAAGAUGCCAAAUAAUGCGUCAUGAGAGUGAUGAAAACCCAGUGCUGAUUGAUACUGGAAUGAAUGUGGUGAGCAUUCAGUGGAACCACUGCGGCAGUGUUCUUGCUGUGGCAGGCUCACAGAAAGCAAUUGCUCUAGAUAAAGACGUCAAUGUUGUUCAGUUCUACACGCCUUUUGGAGAGCAUUUACGGACCCUGAAGGUUCCUGGUAAGCAGAUGAUGGCAGUGUCUUGGGAAGGAGGGGGCCUAAGGAUUGGCCUUGCAGUAGAUUCCUUCAUAUACUUUGCCAACAUCAGGCCGGAUUAUAAGUGGGGCUAUUGUUCCAACACUGUUGUGUAUGCCUACACCAGACCAGACCGCCUCGAGUACUGUGUUGUCUUUUGGGAUACCAAGAACAAUGAAAAAUAUGUGAAAUAUGUCAAGAGUCUCAUGUCUAUAACCACCUGUGGGGACUUUUGUAUUCUUGCAACAAAAUCAGAUGACACCCACCCUCAGGAAGAUACAGAGGCGGAGUCAGUGAGUGCAAUGGUCGCAUCAGAAAACAUCAGAAAGUAUGUGCUUGUCCUCUGUAACUCUAUAGGGACUCCCCUGGACUCCAAGUACAUUGACAUAGAUCCACUAUUUGUCACAAUGACCAAGACACACGUGAUCGCUGCCUCCAAAGAAGCGUUUUACACCUGGCAAUAUCGGGUAGCGAAAAAACUGACAGCCAUGGAGAUCAACCAGGUUGCAAGAACAAGAAAGGAAGGAAGGGAGAGGGUCUAUCAUAUUGAUGAUACCCCAUCUGGAACAGCAGAAGGAGCACUUGACUUCUCAAAAGCAUUCACGACUACGAGAGAUCCUAUUUGUUGCAUUACAGCAACAGACAAGACAUUGAUUGUGGGACGCGAAUCUGGCACAAUUCAGAGAUAUAGUCUGCCCAAUGUUGGUUUGGUCCAGAAAUAUGUCUUGAACUACAGAGCCUACCAGCUUUCGUUAAACUGCAACUCCAGUCGGCUUGCCAUAAUAGAUAUCACUGGGGUGCUGACGUUUUUUGAUAUCGAAGUACGAACAUCAGAAAGCUCAGGGCAUCAAAGUGCAGGGGACCCUCUGAAGUUUGAGCGCAAAGAUGUGUGGGACAUGAAGUGGGCCACUGACAAUCCCGAUCUUUUUGCCAUGAUGGAGAAGACGAGAAUGUAUGUCUUCAGAAACCUGGACCCAGAGGAGCCAAUCCAGACAUCAGGUUACAUAUGCAACUUUGAAGACCUGGAAAUCAAGUCAGUUCUUUUGGAUGAAAUAUUAAAGGACCCAGAACACCCUAAUAAAGAUUAUCUGAUCAAUUUUGAGAUCCGUUCCCUGCGAGACAGCCGGGCCUUGAUUGAAAAAGUAGGAAUUGAAGAUGCAUCCCAGUUCAUUGAAGACAACCCUCAUCCCAGACUGUGGCGCUUACUGGCAGAAGCAGCUCUUCAGAAGCUAGACCUGAAGACUGCAGAGCAAGCGUUUGUGCGUUGUAAGGACUACCAGGGCAUUGAGUUUGUCAAGCGUCUCGGUAAUCUGCAGAGCGAGUCAAUGAAACAAGCUGAAGUUGCAGCUUACUUUGGGAGGUUUGAGGAAGCAGAAAGAAUGUACUUGGAUAUGGACAGAAGAGAUCUUGCUAUCAGUCUGCGAAUAAAACUGGGGGAUUGGUUCAGGGUGCUGCAGUUACUGAAAUCUGGUUCAGGUGAUGCUGAUGAUGCUCUUCUUGAGCAGGCAUACAAUGCUAUUGGGGAUUACUUUGCAGACAGGCAAAAAUGGGUCAAUGCUGUUCAGUAUUACCUACAAGGCCGAAACCAGGAACGAUUAGCAGAAUGUUACUAUAUGCUGGAGGAUUACGAUGGGUUGGAAAGACUUGCAAAUUCUCUUCCAGAAAAUCACAAACUUCUCCCAGAUAUCGGUCAAAUGUUUGUGACAGUUGGCAUGUGUGAACAGGCUGUGAGUGCAUAUCUGAAAUGCAACCAACCUAAAGCCGCAGUCGAUGCCUGUGUGCAUCUAAAUCAGUGGAAUAAAGCAGUUGAACUUGCAAAGAAUCACAACAUGAAAGAGAUUGGAUCAUUGUUGUCCAAGUAUGCAUCCCAUCUGUUAGACAAGAAUAAAAUCCUGGAUGCAAUAGAACUGUAUAGGAAAGCACAUCAUUUCCUGGAUGCUGCCACACUUAUGUAUAAGAUUGCUGAUGAAGAAGCAAAAAAGAGAACCAAGCCAUUGCGUGUUAAGAAGCUCUAUGUUCUAGCAGCACUCCUUGUGGAAAAUUAUCAUGGACAGAUGAAGUCCACGCAGAAGGGAAAAGCUAAAGGGAAGAAAUCUGAGGCAACAUCUGCACUAGCAGGUUUACUGGAGGAAGAUGCUACCUCAUCAGAUAAUCGCAUUAUUGACAGUGCUUGGCGUGGAGCUGAAGCGUAUCACUUUUUCCUUCUUGCUCAAAGGCAGCUUUACGAAGGAUAUGUUGAUGCAGCAAUGAGGACAGCCCUUCACCUGCGAGAUUAUGAAGAUAUCAUCCCUGCAGUGGAGAUCUACUCCCUCCUUGCAAUCUGUGCCUCUGCUAACCGUGCAUUUGGUACUUGUUCCAAGGCUUUCAUUAAACUGGAGUCCCUGGAGUCCUUAUCUGCUGAGCACAGGCAGCACUAUGAGGAUCUAGCGCUGGAGAUCUUUACAAAAUACAGUCCCAAAGAUAACAGAAAGUCUGAACUAGACAGCAUUCCUGAAGGAGGAGAGGGGAUGUUGCCGACGUGUAUAGUAACUGGGCGUCCAAUUUCAGAGUACCAGUUCUGGAUGUGCAGUGUGUGCAAGCACUGUGCCCUGGAACAAGAAAUAACCAAUCACAGCUUCUGCCCACUGUGCCACAGCUCACUGGCGUAGACCACAGAACUGCAUGAACGUUUCUACGUUUAAAUUCUUUAAGAAUUAUUCUCUGUUUUUCAAUAUAUGUUUCUUAUGUACUUACAUUUUGACUGAUUGCUAAAUCAAAAAAGAAAUAAUACAUAUACUUAGACUUUUUACAAAGUUUUUAAUUUUUUUUUCUCUGGUUUCUUGAAGCUAAUGUGGCAUUUAUGCAGUUUUAAAAAUGCACUUCUGAUAAAAAUACAUCAUUGAUUAAAUAUCAAUGGGACACAAUGUUUUGAUAAAACAUUCACAAUUAGAUGCUGCCUUUAAAUAUGCUCAUAUAUUUUGUAAUGGUCACUUUGUAUUGUAUAUUGCACUCAUGUUAACGUGGUACAACUCUAUAAAACUCCUCAUUAAAAUUAUUUUCAUCUCA